AUGUCGAAUGAUUUGAAGAAUAUCAGCGCCCCUUCUGUUUCUCGGCGACGCUUUCUUGGUACUUCGGCCGCUGCGGCGGCAACGGCUGUUUAUUUCCCCUAUGGUGCGAAGGCGUUCGCGAACACGGCCAAGAACGAUCGGCCGAUCAUUGGCUGCAUUGGCGUGGGCAGCAUGGGCACUGGCGACGCACACGGGCAUAACCAGUUCGGCGAUAUUGUGGCCGUGUGCGAUGUCGACUCUCGACAUGCCGAACGAGCCAAGGCAGACGGAAACAUCGGCAAGGGUAAGGCCGACGCAUAUGGCGAUUAUCGCAAGGUGCUCGAACGAGACGACAUCGACGUGGUGAGCAUCGUCACGCCCGAUCACUGGCACGUGAAGAUCGCCAUCGAAGCGUUACAGGCUGGCAAGCAUGUCUUCUGCCAGAAGCCGCUCACGCUCACGCUGGAAGAGAACCUGCUGGUUCGUGACGCUUGCGACAAGCAUCCUGACCAGGUGUUCUUCAUCGGCACGCAACAACGUAGCGACGCCGACCGUUUCCUGCGGGCGAUCAACAUGGUGCAAAAAGGCCUGCUGGGCGAUAUCCAAAACAUCGUCGUCGGCAUUAAUGGUGGUGUGGUGGGAGGCCCCUUCCCCGUGGUCGAGCCUCCGAAGGAACUCGAUUGGGAUAUGUGGCUCGGGCAAGCACCCAAGGUCGAGUAUCGCGAGCCGCGCUGCCACUACGAAUUCCGCUGGUGGUAUGAAUACUCAGGCGGCAAGUUCACCGACUGGGGCGCGCACCAUGUCGACAUCGCCACCUGGGCGAUCGGGGCCGACAAGCAAGGUUAUGGCCCGACUGAAAUCGACGGGACCGAUGCCAAGCAUCCGGUGCCCUUCAAAGAUGGCUACCCCACGGUCGACGAUUCGUACAACUCGUCGCACGACUUUGCCGUGCACUGCAAGUUCCCCACUGGAACCAACAUGACCGUGACCAGCCGGGGCGAUAAUGGUGUGUUGUUCGAAGGCACCAAGGGUCGUCUGUUUGUCAGUCGCGGCAAGAUUGCUGGCACCCCCAUCGAAGAGAAUUGGGACGAAGGUCAGUUCACCGCGGACGAUCUGGCCGCCCUGUACAAAGGCAAGCCGCACGAAGGUCACAAGCAGAACUUCUACCGCUGCAUCGCCGAAGGUGGGCUGCCCGUCUCAGAUGUUUACUCCCACGUGCAAGCGAUGCACACCUGUCAUUUGUGUGCGAUUGCCUCCCGACUCGGUCGCAAAAUCACUUGGGAUCCAUCGAGCGAACAAAUCACCGGCGACGACGAAGCCGCAAGCUUCUUCGCACGCAAGCCGCGUGAGGGCUUCGAGAUCCCCCGGGUGUAA